CAUCUUCAACUCCCAAAAGACGUAGCUUUACAUCUCUUCCUUCGAUAUCCUCAGUCCUUACCAAAGAAGACGCAGUCAUGGAAGAAGAACAAGACCCUCAAUUACCAAGUUUUGAUUUCAAACCAUUCAUGGUACACAAGGUUAAUGCAGUUAACCAAGCCACAGACUCUACUGUUCCACUCGUGACCUGUUAAAAUCCAUGAAGCAAUGCGUUACUCCCUUUUAGCCGGUGGCAAAAGGGUCCCCUAAUUCUUUGUUUGGUACUGUGACCUUGUUGGUGGCAAAGAAUCCAUGGUUAUGCCAGCAGCUUGUGCUCUUGAAAUGAUCCACACCAUGUCUUUAGUCCACGAUGAUCUUCCUUGCAUGGACAACGAUGAUCUUCGUAGAGGGAAACCAACUAACCACAAAAUUUAUGGCGAAGAUAUAGCCGUGUGCGGGGAUGCUCUUUUAGCCUUUUCGUUUGAACAUAUAUUUGUAUCCACAGUUGGUGACACCGAUAGGAUUGUAAGAGCAAUUGGGGAAUUAGCUAAAUCUAUUGAAAUUGAAGGGUUGGCGGCUGGUCAAGUUGUGGAUAUAAGCGGUGAGGGUCUAACCAAUGUAGGGUUGGAUCAUUUAGAAUUCAUUCAUGUUCAUAGCGCUCCUUUGCUUGAAGCAUUUGCGGUUUUAGCUAUUCUUGGUGGUGGUCGUGAUGAAGAUGUGGAAAAGUUGAGGAAAUUUGCAAGGAAUAUUGGGCUUUUAUUUCAAGUUGUGGAUGAUAUUCUUGAUGUAACAAAGUCAUCUAAAGAAUUAGGGAAGACUGCAGGAAAAUUUGGUGGUGAUAAAGUGACUUAUCCUAAAUUGAUGGGGAUAAACAAAUCAAAGGAGUUUGUAGAGAAGUUGAAGAGUGAUGCAUUAGAGUUGCUUCAAGGGUUUGAUCCGAGAAAUCGCUUCUUAAUUGCUUUAGCUAAUUAUAUAGCUUACGAGCAAAAUUAG